AUUAUCUUUGUCUUUUUUAAUUUCAAUUUUUUUUUGUUUUUGUUUGGGCAACUAGUGAUAAUUCUUUUGGCUGUUUCUGGAUCUGGGGUUGUUUUCGUUUCGGAUGAAUUUUGAUGGGUUUGUGCUGUUUUUCAGUUGUUCAUGGCUUCUGGUUGUUUGAAUUUUUUUUUGUUGUUGUCGUUUUAGAGUUUUUCAAGGAUCGUUCAUGUCCCUAUCGAUAAUUAUGGUUCAAAUUUUUGCUUAGUGCCUCAUUUAUUAUUAUUAUUAUUAUUUUUUAAUUUAAAAUUUUUGUUUAAAUUUCCAGUAGGGAUGUGCUAGAUUGUUUUUGCAGUUCUGUUGUGAAAUUUAAAGCUGGGGAAGCUCAAAUCUUUAAUGAUUGUAACUUUUGAUCUGACUCAUAAGUGAUUACUUGGGGUUUUUAUUUGCUAUGAUUUUUGUCCUUUACCUUAAUUAGCUAUCAUACAGUGAAUGAUGUGAGUCUCCGUGUCAUUGUUUUGCAGAUCAGCAGAUUUUUAAGGGGAAGAAGUGUUGUUGGCUGAGGGGUCAAACUUCUGUUUUCUAAUUUCUGUUCUGUCUUCUACUUACUUACUCUUCAGAUUCAUGGCAUUCUGAGCCUAACAGUUACAGUGAAUGUCUUUAUCAAACAUCAAUCAAGUUGAGCUUCUUCAAGGAUUUUGACCUCAAGUGGGGUUUUGGUGGUUGGCAGUUAAACAAGAAGAUCAAGUUUGACUUUUGUCUUUAGUAAUCUUAUUUUGUCAAAGUUGUUGUCCAUUGCUCCUAAACCAGAUCUUUCAGAAAGAGAAUUAUUUGGGUAAAUUGCUUGUUUCUGAUAUUUCUGGGGUUUGUUGAGGAAUAAGAAAAUUGUUAUGGCUGUUGCCAAGGGCAACAGCAGCGGUGAACCUUCAACUUCAUACAAUUGUUACAAAGUAGCAAGCUUGACUGAAACCAUAUUAGAUACAAAGCAAACCUCUAAUUUGAAAGAUCGGUACAUUCUUGGGGAGCAGUUGGGUUGGGGUCAGUUUGGCGUCAUAAGAGAAUGCUCUGACAAGCUGACCGGAGAGGUUUUGGCCUGCAAAUCAAUUGCUAAAGAUAGGUUGGUUACCUCAGAUGAUCUGCAGAGUGUUAAACUUGAGAUUGAGAUAAUGGCUAGGUUAUCUGGGCACCCAAAUGUUGUGGAUCUCAAGGCAGUUUAUGAAGAGGAAGAUUUUGUUCAUUUGGUGAUGGAGCUUUGUGCUGGAGGGGAGCUGUUUCACAGGUUAGAGAAGCAUGGGCGGUUUUCUGAAUCUCAAGCCAGGGUUCUCUUUAGGCAUCUCAUGCAGAUGGUUUUGUACUGUCAUGAAAAUGGGGUUGUUCAUAGAGAUUUGAAGCCUGAGAACAUUCUCUUAGCAACUAGAUCCUCGUCAUCUCCAAUUAAAUUGGCAGACUUUGGGCUUGCAACCUACAUCAAGCCUGGACAAAGUUUACAUGGGUUAGUUGGGAGUCCGUUCUAUAUAGCUCCAGAAGUACUGGCAGGUGCAUAUAACCAGGCUGCUGAUGUUUGGAGUGCAGGGGUUAUUCUUUACAUUCUACUGAGUGGGAUGCCUCCAUUUUGGGGAAAGACAAAAUCACGCAUAUUUGAAGCUGUUAAGGCUGCUGACCUGAGGUUCCCAUCUGAACCUUGGGAACGCAUUUCCGAAUCAGCUAAAGAUUUGAUUAGGGGAAUGCUCUGCACUGAACCUUCUCAAAGGCUCACUGCCCAGGAGGUUUUGGAUCAUUGCUGGAUGGAAAGCAAUCAAACAAAUUCCGAACAACUAAAUGAACAUAAAAUCAGAAGUUGUGGAGAAUGGGAUGUUGGUGGAAACUCAUUCUCUGCCUCGUUUAUGUCCAGGAAUCAGGACAUCAGCUUCGGUGCUGGAUCACCUACAUGUGAUGCCCAAUCACCUACAUGUGAUGCCCAAUCACCUACAUUCACAUGCAGAUCAUCAUUUUCUUCCUUUUUGGUGGAACCAGUGACACCAUGUGCUGUUUCUGGUGGGUUUUCAUUUCAGAGCUCAGGUGGUUCCUCUGGUUUGGAAUUUUCUUCUCCUGUUACCACAAUGCCUAGCUUUGCAUUUCUCAGCCCCAGUUCUGUUGUUGAACAAAGGAGUCAUAUAUUAGAGUUCUCAACUAACACAUCAGAUGGAAAUGCAAUUACUGGAGAGUCUCCCCUUUGCUUUGGCCAUGAUGUUAAAGAAAUGGAUUGCAAGCCUGUGGAGGCUAAAAGGGCAGGUGGAACAAAUUGGCAUAGUGCAUUGGGAUUCCACAGCAAGAGAAACCGGACAAUUGGACUUGGUGAGCGUGAUCAACUUGAUCUUGUGGUGACUGAAUCAGUCAUUCGUUGGUCAUCAUGCACACAACUUCCUACAUCACCGAGAUCAUCUCUUGUCUGUUGAAAGGAUACACUCUUGGAUAUAUUAAUGGAAUAGCUUGAUGUAAUGCCUAAGUUUGGAAGUUUUGUCUGCUUAACACAUUGUAUAUGUUUCCUGAAUAUGCAUGGGGUUGCUUUCUUCUGGUUGUUGUGAGUUGUGCUUUAGAUUUUGUGGCAGUUUGAUGGUAGUGUGUUUCUGAUUGUUAAGUUGUUGUAAUGAGUAAUGACUCACUAUUAUUUUA